GCAAGUUGUGCCGUGUGUUUACGGUGCUUUUCAGUUCUACAGCUAACACAUGUUCUCCAGUAUUUCAAUGCGGGAGUUUUGCACUGCUUUGUAUUGCAAGAUGAGGCUGGUUUCUGAAACAUUGCUGCACACUUCAACAUGCAACAACUGAUGAUAAUACAGGGAUAUAAUUCUGGGAUAGCAAAUCUGCUGACAGCAGCAUGGACAACAAAAAGAAGUUGCCUCAUUUUGUCGGGGUUGAACACCCAUCUGAGAAGUCUCAUAAGAAGAAACAUGGAUCACAAGUUGAGCAGGAGCAAAUUCAAAAAAGAACCUUCACGAACUGGAUCAAUGCCCAGCUGUCUAAGAGGAGUCCUCCAGUUACAAUGGUGGAUCUUUUCAAUGAAUUCAGAGAUGGAAGCAGACUAUUGGACUUGCUGGAGGUGUUGAGUGGUCAGAGAAUGAGCCGAGAAAAAGGAAGAGGGAUUUUUCAGCACAGAACAAACAUUGAGAAAGGUCUAGAGUUCCUUAAGAGGAAAUCGAUCAAACUGGUCAACAUCAAUGUCUCGGACAUCAUGGACGGGAAGCCUUCCAUCAUUCUGGGUCUCGUCUGGACCAUCAUCAUGCACAUUCAUAUCGAAGAGUUGGCCAGCACAUUGAACUUUAGUUCUCGUCAGUCAUCUCUGGAGUCACUGGCGAGUUUAGACACUCGUUCGACCAGUAGCAGUGCCCGCAGCAGUCCGGUGCCACCCCGUGGUUCACCCCUGCACACCCGUUUCCGCGUUUCUGCCAAGAAAGCCCUGCUGCUGUGGGUCAGAGAGCAGUGUCAAAAGGCUGGUUGUACUCUGAAUGUGAAGGACUUUAAAGUGAGCUGGAGAAGUGGUGUAGUGUUUUUGGCGAUACUUCAUGCUCUGAGACCGAAUAUAGUGGACCUAACCAGAGCCCGAACAAGAACCAACAGACAGAACCUGGAGGAAGCCUUCCACAUUGCUGAACGAGAACUUCACAUCCCCAGACUACUAGAUCCAGCUGAUGUUGAUGUUAGGGAUCCUGAUGAAAAGUCUAUUAUUACAUAUGUUGCUCAGUUCCUGCAGUACUCUAAAGAUGCUUCUGUUUCUGAUGAGGAAAUGCAGUAUCUCACUCCUCCUCAGCGCCUCUCUCCUGUCAAUCUGCCAUCAGACUUUACUCCUUCUAUAGCUGCAUCACCUUUAAGACAGACCUCAGCCAAUCAGAAGGCUCAGGAGGUCACAUGCUGGUUGGAUCAAGCCUAUCAGGAGCUUAUAGAGGGGUGGGACUCCACUGAAGGAGAGAGCUAUGCUGAGAGAUACCAAGUCUUCCACACCUUCAUUGUGUCCUUUAACGAGCAGCGGCGGCCUGUAAUGCCAUUACUAACAGCGAUGAAGAGGACUCCUCAUCUUAGUGCAGAGCAGAAAGCUCUUAGACGAGCCUGGGAUGCUCUUGCUGAGAAGCUACGUGAGUAUAAAACAGAGCUGGACCUCAGCCUUCCAUCCCCACUGGACACUGUAGGCCGCUGGUUAUUGCGUAUUGAAGAGGUUUUAUCUGCUGAAGAAGGCGAGCCACUAGAUCACGCCCGAGCUGCGGAGGAGGCUCGGGAGAAACUUGAGCUACUAAAGGUGUGUUCGGAGGAGAUGCCUCAUCAUAUCAAGAGGUUUAAUAUGUUUCAAAACACAAAUGAGUUUGGAGAGGCUCUGGUGCCAGCGGACAAGAUGGAAGAGAUGAAGAGAAGGUUCACCAGUGUCCGUGUAACAGCUAAAUAUCAUGGUAUUAAGCUGGAGUACCGUGAGCGCAGACACACAGUGUUCAACCUGCUGAAUCAACUCAACAUUAAACUGCGAUCUUGGAAAAGAGCCUACAUUUCGCAGGAGGCUGUUCGUGUGCUAAUGCAGGACUGGAACGAGACUGUGAACAAACAGGAACUGACUUCUUUGCUGGAUGGAGCCCUCCAUAAACUCAAACUAAUCGCCAACAAAUACACCAGCAAGGCUGCCUUGGCUGGAGACUCGACUCAGGUGAAUCAUCAGGUGGCUGAUCUGGAAGCAGAUGUGAUAGUGACUCUGGAGGGUGUACGGAUGGUGAGGGGAACUAUGGGACGUGUGUUGGCAGCUUGGGACUCUUACAGUGAUAUCUACACCUCAAUGCGAGCUUGGCUGGAGCAGGGUCCACAUGCCCAGCGACACGGACAGAGUACAGAGGUGACAUUGUCAGUUAUGUCAGAGUGGAGUUCCCGCCAAGCUCAGCUGAAUGAGGUGGCCAACUACUUGACAGAGGUCACAGACCCACAUACAAGCCGUGCUAUUUCAGACGAGCUCUGCAAGAUAAAUCUGCUCUGGGCUGACUUUGCCAAAACAGCCCAGUUUUCUUUAACAGAGGAGCCCAGUGCUGGCCCAUCCAGUCCUCAGACAGUUCAGUCUAUGAUAAGGGAGGCCACUCAGUUACUUAAAGAACCUGUGGAGGUCGUUUCUGGAUCACUACGUACUUACACGAAGAGACUACAACUUAUGAUGAAGAAAAUAAAGGAUGUGGAUCUAGAAGCCCUCUUGCCAUCUCUAGACUGCUCUCCAGAUACCCUGAGCAAACUUCAGCAAGCCAUUCCUGAAGUCCUACAGACACUCUGUGAGGCUGAGCAGGUGUGUGAUGAGCUGCGCGUGAGUGUGAGUGGGUUGGACGGGCGUUCAGCUGAACUGUUACUCUGGGAGAUGGAAGCCAGAGAGCUCCAUCAGCUACUUAAGGAGGAAACUCAUAGGCAGAAGAGAGGACAAGAUCCCAGAGCACGGCUGUUGAUAUCUAGGGGUUUACAGUUAGAGGGGCAGGUGGUUAUGGAGGAACAGGAUCUGCAGGUGAUGGUCAUGACUAAUCAAAAGACUUCACCACUGCAGUACCUCAUUGCAUCCACCAUGCAGGACAGAGUACGCACUGCUGUUGAAAAGUCACAGGAAGCCGUAGGGAUGCUUAGCUCUUUGGGGUCUUGCAGAGACCGAAGCCCAGUUAGAGACCAGCCCCCUUCCAAGAUCUUUGUCCAAUAUCAGGAGACAGAGGAAGAGAUCCAAAAACCCUCCUUCCAGCCUGGGUCUCCACCAGGAGCCCCUGGCCAACCAGAACCUCAGCCUGCAGUCAGGGCCAAAGUCCCAAAACAAUCUCAAAUACUCUCAGAGGAAUCUUCUAAAGCAGUAGACCUAAAGACCCAGCAAUGUAGUCAGCCUGUGCCAAUGAUUAUUGUACAAGAGUAUGAAGAGGAGAAAAGUAGUCCACAAUCACAAAGGCAUCCCUCUGUGCAUGUGAAAGACUCUCAGUCCAUUGAAGUUAAGUCAGAGAAAGUUGUCCAUGCUCAAACAAAAAUCGACAAAGAGCAUCAUGUAGAAAGCCAGGAAUCUUUACCACAGUCUGUGACACAACAAAAGACAGAAAAAGGUUCAGUAGCUGUCCAACCCUCACAGAACCUGCAACAAGCAGAGUCACAAGUACAUAAUAAACAACAAUUAGCAACACAGCCACAUGUGCACAUUCAUCAACAAGAGAAAACUCAGUUUGCAAAGCAGCAGAAGGUUCAACCACAAGUAUCAAUCCAGCCACAGCCUCAGGGCCAACUAGAAACAAAAACACAGCAAGCUCCAAAGCAGCAGAGGAAAGUAAAGAAGUCCCAGGCACAUAUGCAGAACAGACCUUGGCUUCAACAGAGGAGUCAACCGGAAAAUGUUACCCAAAACGCAACACCACAGUUGGGCCCACAAUCUCAGUCGGAGCCUGAGGACAAAUGUCAAAUAAGUUCUCAAUCACCACCACCACAUAUAUUAGUCGUUAGCUCACCUGAGGCCCAGGGACCUGCUCGAGGCACAGCACAGUCAAAAAGCAUUGUUAAGAGUGUUGAGAAACACCUGAAGCCAGCUCAGUCAGUUGCUCAAGAGAAACCUCUUGUAGGGACACAAAACCUACCUCAAACUGUGCCAGCAGUUUCAGCACAACCAGUGACUAAAACAAAACCACAACAGCCAGUGACUGUUCCGAUUCAUCAACAAGUAUUUCCCCAACCUCAGCCCUCUUUAUCAACUCAAGCUCAAACAACUACACAACAAACACUAGCACCCAUUAAGCAACAAAAGCAACCUCAAACACAGAUAGUGACACCACAGCAACCUCAAGUGAUGAUCCAGAAACAGGCACAAUCUCAAUCCAUGACUCCCAUGCAACCACAGGUUAUGGCCCAAUGGCAGCCACAACAGACUACUGCUCAGCCUCAUCCUGCAGUGCCACAACCACAAAGAUUUCCAGUGGCCCAAACAAUCCCCCGAAUGCCAGUCCAACAGUACCCAACAUCUCCCAUUCAACCAGAAAUAACAAGGCAGAGACAACAGUCUCAGUCCCAGCAACCCAUAAUGCACAAUCCGACUCUAAUUACCCCUCAAUCUAAAGGUGCAUCCCCCAUACAACCCAGAAUCAUCUCUAUGCCUCAACCCCAAAUGCCUGUUCAAUCUCAAACCCAAACUCAGGGAAGUGUACCGCUUGUGAUUCAACCUCAUGGGCAACCCCAGUGGAGUCAACCAGGAGAUGUCACCCAAACGUACCCCAGAGUGCAAGGAACAGUUUCUGUUGCUGCCCAAAUGCAGCCACUGGCCCAUUUCCAAACUCAUCCCCAACCCCCAAGUAUCCCUCCAACUCAGCCUCAGCAGUGGUCAUCAAUAAGACCAGGAAUAGUGAGCCAUACAUACCCCACUGUCCAAGCUCCAGAUCAGGUAGUUCAACCUCAGCUUCAAAUGGCAGUUUACCCUAAAAUCCAGCCGCAAUCACAGCCUCAGCAGUGGCCCUCUGCUAGACCUGAAUUACCUUGGGGUCAAUCACAGAUAAGACCUCAAGGUCCAGCUCAGCAUAUAGUUCCCUCUCAGCAAUGGAGACCUAUCAGUCCAGAAAGGGUCAGUCCAGUACACCCAAGAGCUGAAACCCAAGGGCCCUGGGGGCCACAUCAUCAGACCCAAUAUCAAGCUCUUCCAAGGCCAGCAAGCCCUCAACGUCAGUGGAGUCCAGUCCGGCCAGAACAUCAGUUUCAAGUUUCUUCCCAGACUAUGUUCCAUGGUGCUCCCCAGCCAGUAGCUCCAUGGAAUCAACCACCUUCUCAAACUGUCAUAAGACCUCAGAGUCUACAACAGCCUAAGCAAAGUCAGCAAAAGUGGAGUUCAUCCAGGACAGAGGCCCCAUCUGCAACCCUCAUCCAAAGUCAAGUUGCCCAGGCAGAGCUUCAGUCCCAAGAUCUGACAAACCUGCAGUUACCAGUACAGGAACCACCCCAACAGCAGUCAGCAACUCGGGUUAAGCAACCAGCACUUGCCCAGGCUCCCCCUCAAGCCUACACUGAGGCUUAUAUAAAGGCACAAGCCCUGGUUAGGGAUAGAUUUGAAGAAGCCAAGCACUGUCUUCAAGAGCACAUUAUAGAAGCUAUCAGUGUAUUUAAGGACAAGAGAAUAAUGGACGAACAGGCAUCAGUUAAGGAGGAGACACUUCGGACUCUUGACCCUGAACUUCUUGAAGAGUUCUUGAGGGCUGCGGAAGGGAUGGAAGCUUUCUGCACCCCAUCUGAACUUAGAGACAUGGAGUUUUUCACACAAUCUGUUAGAACACAGUGGAAGGAUGUUCGAGUGCAAAUAUCAGAUUUUUUGAAGCAACUCAGAUUUGAGUUAACCCGCCUGCAUUUUAACCGUAUGGUUAAGGCAUGUGAGAUACACUUUAAGAAGGAAAAACUCAACCAUACGCCUGAAUCAAUAUCAGAAUCAAAAGAAGAGGCCUGUUUGUCUGCAGAAGGCAGUCUGGCAGAGGCAGGACAGCAGCUAGAAGCUCUGAAGGAGUUGUGUGAUACUCUGAGCCCUGAGGACGCACACAGGCUUGCACAAGCCCAACUUAGAGAAUGUGAGAGACGGCUUGCUGCCAUCCAGCGGCAGUUCAGUGGAGACACAGAUACACCUCCUUCAGACACUAGUUUACAAACCGAGCAAACAAAAGAGCCACCUAAUCAAAAAGCAUCAACAGUCCCACCACCACUUGAGAAGCCCAAAGAGGUUAUUGUUUCAGAGGCUGUUAAACCGGUUAGCCCCCAGCAACCGAGAACUGUGGAGAAGAGAGAGAUAGUGAAACAAACAAGUACAGAAGAGGACAGGUACCGCAGCUCCAGAUUUGCAUUACAGGCUCAGCUAAACAGAAAUGAGCAAUGCAUGCUUGGAGAUCGUACCUCAGAAUCAGUCACUCCCACAGACCUGCAGAAACGACUGAGAGAAUUAAAGUCUCUGUGGGAUGAGACAGAGUCUCUGUGGAAGGAGUAUGAAGCACUGUGUAUGCAAUGUGUUCAGUACAACGAACGAGCUGUUGAGCAGGACCGUGUGGAGCUCACUGUCAGGUGGAGAGAGCAGAGGUCACAGUUACAGGGCAGGGUGGAUUCACUGGGAGCGGCACUUGAGCUUAUGGACUCUAUUAAGCUGAAGAUCUCUGAGAUUUCUAAAAGGCUGGAAAAUUUCAUCAAAGAACCCAAAGACAUUAAGGGAUAUUCACUAGCUAACCCUGGCAUUUUGAGAGAUGUGAAGGACUUAGAUGAAAGUAUCCAGACAGAGAUGGAUCGUCUGUCUCGAUUCGAUUCUGAGCCCAGUCAUCUAGAUUUGCGUGACCGAUCACCUCUGACCCAGGUGGUUCUGAACCACAGAUCCAGCCUGGACCAGCUCAGGCAACAAGUGCGCAAGAGUGACGCCGCUGCCCGUGCCCUUGACCGCUUCCUCAUGUCCCUGCGCACUGUGGAACUCGAUGUCUCUUCUGUGCAAAGCGCCCCCAGCAAUGAUGCUGCUGUACUGCAGGACAGCAGGUCCAAGCUGGCACUAAUCAGAAAGGGAGUCAGCAGUCUCAAGGAUAAGGCUCCACAGCUGGACCAGCUUUUGGGGGGAGCACAGCUCAAAGUGACCCAGGACGGGAGCCCUGUUUCCUGUCUGGACAUGGUGGGGGUACUGGUUCACAGGGUGGAAGAGGCCGACGAUCAACUGAUGAUUCGACAGAAUGAGCUCCAGAAGGAACAGCAGAACCAAGGCCUCGGCCUAAGGAGGAAGACUAUCCAGGCUGAGUUAAGGAAGGUGUUGGCGGCAGCAGAAAAACAGGGUCUAAAGGACCCCACUAUGCCAGCUGUGCAACAUCGGAUGCGAGCACUGUCCGAUGUGGAAUUGCAACUGAACUCUCUUCGCCCUGAAUACCAAAACAUCAAGAAGGCUCUGUCUGAAGUCUCUCCACAGAAAGAGUACCCUCAUCCAGCAAACGAAGAGCUUUAUUUCCUUUGGGAAGAGACUGAAAGAGCCGUAUCUGACAGACAAGAGCAGUGCACUGUUCUUAUGGAACUCCUGAAGAAAUUUCAGAGCUGUCGCAGUUACCUAGGCAACACUCUCCAGAGGGCGGAGCAAACAAUCAAUGAGCAGGCUUCAUACAUGGGCAAAGACAACUUACAGCGACUCCUUGCAAAAGUGGUUGGCAUAAAGGAGGAACUUAAUAGCCUCGGACCCAAGAUGGAGGAGUUCAGAUCUGUGUGCAGACAGUUGCAGUCCCAGCUCAAGAAAAUUCCUGAUUGCUCGGAAACUCCAUUUGAGACAGAGGCAGAUGCUUUGGUGGACUCAUGGCUGGAUGUGUCAGAGAAGACAGACGGUUACAUGGACAACCUGCGUGUGGGUCUGGAGUUGUGGGAGAAACAGUUGGUUCUGGGUGGAGAAGUGGACAGCUGGACUUCUACUAAACUCAUUAUCUUCUCAGAGUCUCACCCUUUCAGCAGUGAAACAGAGGUUGACAGCAUGAAGAAUGAGAUUCAAUGCCAGGAGGACAACCUUGAACACUUCCACAGGAAGUUACUGGAGAUCCAGGAACUGCUGCAGGGCAAAGAAUCUCCUCUUGAGUUACAGGUAAUGGAAACCAACCUGAGGAAGAAAAUGGAGCAGGUGAAGGAACUCUUCUCCGACUGCACUGAAGUGUUCCAGGAGCUCCUCACAGUUAAAGCUCAUAUGAUAGAAAAGAUUGACACCUACCAAUCAUCUGUGAAGAAUAUACGCUCCUCAUUAGACAUGAUCAGUUCAGAGGAUCGCGCAGAACUGGAUGCGCAUUUACAGGACUUGUGUGAGCAGCUUUUGGAACAGGAGGAGCAGGCUGAUACUCUGCUGAAGGAAAUCAAUCUCAUGUCCAGCAUUACUGGACCGCAGGCCUUGGAGGAGCUGACCAAUCAUAGUAACCAUCUCAAAGACAGCAUUGCAGAAACACGGGAGCUGAUUCGCCACAAGAAGGAUCAAGGGGAGAAAAGCUUUCUUCAGACUAUUAAAGAAGAAUUUCAGUCAUUUGAGGAAUGGUUGCAAGAUGAGCAGCUCUCUGUGAAUGAGUGCUUUGAGAACCCUGAGAGGAGGCAGGAUAUAGAAACGUCCACGCAGAGACUGACAAGUUUCCUGGCCUCUAAGGAAGGAGAACAGCGUCUGGCUCAGUUGAAGGAGAGGUUUGAGCAAGGGGGACAGGCAAAGCUCCCUGCUGAGGCUCAAGCUUUGCUCUCCACAUGGCAUCAGGAACAGGAAGGAGAACUGGCCACACUCAGGGCUCACUGCCAAGGACGCCAUAAACAGCUAGAUGAUAUCCUCCACAACCUCAACAGUUUGCAUGAGGAACAUAACCAUUUGAAGGACUGGCUGCUGCAGAGAGAGCAAGUGCCAGAACAGAGAGAAAAACUGAGGCAAAUCCAGGAGGAUUUUCUUAAAGAAAGCGGUCGUGUGGAGGCAUUCAAUAACCUGUUAUCUGCUGUAAGGAUGCGUGGCUUGAGGGGAGACCCUCACCUUAGAGACUGCGAGACCCUGAUAGACCGAUAUCACAGCCUGGGGAUUCUAUUGGAGAAUCAGGCACAAGUCCUCAAGACCCUUGAUGAUCAAAUUGAAACAUUCCAAACCAAUGCAGAACAGAUCAGAGCCUGGAUCAGAAAUUUAAAGCAAGGACUUGAGUACUUGGGGACAGACACGUCAAUGCAGGAAAAACAUGUAAAUGCUCAGGCUGUUCUUAAUCUAAGUCCUGAGGGUGAUGCUAAACUCGUGGCUCUGAAAGAAGAGGGUGAUGCUUUAUGUGCUAAUGAGAUUUUGGAGGACACCAGAAGACAGGAGCUCAGUCACACCCUUGGAAACAUUGAAGAUGAGUGGAAAAGAGUUCUGGAUAUGGCUCAGCAGCUAAAACAUCAAGCAGAACUCCAAGACACUCUCUGGAGAGAACUAGAGGAUCUACAGGCCCAGGAAGAGAGCAUCCAGUCCUGGGUGAGAGAACAACUGCAAACGCUUCGCUCUUUGGGGAAGGACCUUCAACCACAUGAGAAACUUAAUAAAGUCCAGGCUGUUUUAGACCUUGGUGAUGAAGCCGAUUCCAGAUUGGCCAGUUUACAGAGACAAGGACAACAUUUAUGUUCUUAUAAAGAGCUUGAGAAUGAGAGGAGGAGCCAGAUUGACCAAGCCCGGAGAGCAGUAGAGGAGGAGUGGAGGAAAGUGCUACAACUUGCCCAGGAGCUCAAGAACCAGGUCAAGCAUGAGGAAUCUCUUUACAGAGAGUUACAAACUUUCUGUGAUCAGGGAGAGGACACUCGCUCCUGGAUUAGGCAUCUCAGAGAGACCCUGGAUUCUCUUCUUGUGACAUCUUCCUUUCAAGAGAAACUUAAUGGAGCUGAGGCACUACUAGCUCAUAGAUCUGAGUGGGACUAUAAACUUUCUAACUUAAAGACAAAGGGAGAGAAUCUAAGUUCUUGUGACGAUCUAGAUGAGGACAAACGUCAGACAAUUCAACACACAUUACAAAAUGUACAGCAAGAGUGGAUGGGAGUUUUGAUGCAGACUCAGGAACUGAAGAACCAAUCAGAACUUGAGCGGUCUCUUUCUGAGGAUCUUCAGGAUCUUCAAGAACAGGAGGAGAGCACACACUCUUGGCUUACAGAGCAGUAUAUGAAGAUCAAAUUGCUUGGUGAAGAGACUCAGUUACAAGAGAGAAUGAAUGGAGCUCAGGUCAUCCUGAACUCAGAAUCAGAGGGGGAUUACAAGCUAACCAACCUGAGGAGGAAAGCAGAGGGUUUGUGCUCUCGAGAAGGCCUGGAAGAAAAAAGAAAACAGGAAAUCCAGCUGAACCUGAGAUCAAUUGAACAAGAAUGGAAGAAGGUCCUGGCAAGUGCUCAAGAAUUAAAGAACCAGGCUGAGCUCCAGGAUUCUCUUGCAAGGGAGCUUCAGAAUGUCUGUACCCAAGAGGAGAGCACCUGGACCUGGGUGAAGAAUCAGAAAGAUUGCCUGGACUCACUGGGGAAAAGUACUCAUGGUACACAGGAGCAGACUGAAGAGAGACUAAGCAAAGCACAAGCUAUUCUAAGUAUGCAGUCUGAGGGCAACUCUAAGAUUGCAGCCCUGAAACAGACAGUAGACCAUCUUUGUAACCAUGAAGAUCUUGAUGAAGAUGCAAGACAUUCUCUCAUUAAGAAAAUACAAAAUAUAGAAGAGGAGUGGAAGACAACACUGCAGCAAGCACAGGAGCUGCAUAGUCUGCUGAAAAGUGUAGUGGAACGUCUGGUGUCCUGUCGGUGUCAGAAGGAACAGCUUCAGUCUCAUCUGGAUCAGGUGAAACGGCAGACUGCUGCACUGCCACGGCACUUCCCCUGGCCUGGUUUAGGGGAUCGAAGGCACACAUUGGAGCAAGCCAAGAGUCUGCUAGACCGUACCAGAGCACUGACCCCAUCUCUGUCUGCUGUCCGAGCGCUCGGGAGGGAGAUGAGCCAGCUGACCCAUGAUUCCAGCUGGAUUGAUCCAUCCUGGGCCACCACAGAGGAGUGCAUACCUGAGUUAAUCAAAUAUCUUACGGAGUUUUGUGUAAAUCUCGGAGAGGAAAUCCGGAGAGAGCGAGUUUGUGCUCAGUUAGUUGAGCAGCACACUGUAGCUCAGGAUUGGCUGAGAGAGCAAGUCAAAGGUUUCGGUGCUCUGCCCACUGAACGUCAUGGGUUACAAAGCUCUGUUAACACUCUUAAGGCUCUUCUUCAGACCAUAGACAGGGAGAAGAAAGAAAUGAAAGAACUGGAGACUGUUAAAGAUUCCUUGAUGGAUCUUUGUACUCCAGGAGGUUGUGAUGCCCUGACCUUAGAGGUCAGCCAUCUUCAUGACCUGUGUGUGUCCUCGGAGAAAGAGAUGAGGGAACGGUUAGCUGUGUGUGAGGCCAGAUUGAGUGACAUUGACCUCAGAAUUGCUGGCAGGGCACAGAUUCUCAGGGAGCAAGCAGAGAGUCUCCUAGGUGAGCUGCAUGCUCAGGACCACUCUUUAGGAUUCCUGGUGGAUAGCCAGAAUAUCAGCCAGCUACAGGAGAACUGGCAUAGCUUUAAGACAUGUGAGAGAGAGCUUGAGUCUUUAGAGGGCAAAGUCUGUGACCUUGGCCAGGCCCUCCAAAUGGUCCCACCAGAUGAGGGACCCCCCAGUCAUGUCAUUUCUAUAGUGGACACAGUUACACAACAAUAUUGCAGUCUGCGGUCGAAACUGUUGGAAAAGCAGAAUGACUGCGCAGACAGCACAGUGCAGUGUGUGAGACAGGCCUUACAAAACAUACAGUCAUGGAACCAGACACAUGCAAAUCCUCCCUGCAGCUCAGCCACAUCCAUGCAGGCUGCAAUUGAGGAAGGUGUGAGAAUGUGUAAAAGCCUGCAGGUAGCGCUGUCCCAUAAAGAACUGCUGAGGGAAUGUCUGGGCCCUGACUUGGCUGGCAAACUUGAAAGAGACGGAACAAAAGCACUAAACGAAGCACACAUUCACAUCAAUGACCUUAAACAGGAGCUUAAAAAUGUGGAGGAGAACAUAAAGCAGGAAGCUCAAAAGUUGUCACUGGAAGCUCAAAGCAUUCAGCUGGAUUCACAGGUUUCUGGUGCAACAUCGUCAACAAAGGAGUCAGAACAGUUGGAAUUUGUUUCUUCUUCAUCGUUUAUCGUGGAGCACUUUGAAAUGAUAGAUGACAGUCAGCAGGCUAAGGUACAGCCAUCUGAAAACCUUGAUAGCGAGAUCCCUCUAUGUGUAAUCUCAGAUACUACAAAUGAAACAGAAAUUCACACUGCAAGAAAAUCACUACAAACAUUAGAGACUGAAACUGAACAGACCGAUUUCCAAACAACUGUACUAUUAACUACAGAGAUGCUACCUCAACCAGCAUCAGGAGUCUGUGAAUCAGCUCUUCCUACAAGCAGCCAUGGUGCAAAUGAAACUGUGGAAACUUUGGAAACAAAGUCUGAUAAUGAUGAGAUAGCAGAUGAAAAGAUGUCCUCAUCUGCAGCUGUCCACAGCUGGGAAACCACAGUACAAGACACAGACAUGGAAUUACAAAGCACUGAGAGUCUUAGCACAGAAGGACAAGUAAGACGGUUGUCUGAUGUAGUUGUGAGUUCAGAAUCUUUUGCUGAUAGAGUGGAGGGUGAGAAAAUUAAAGCAGUGACCGCAGAACCAGAUAAAGAGGAAGAGGUUUCAUAUAUUUCACUUUCUCAAGAGGAACCUCGUGGAGAAGGUGAACCACAAAUCAAAAAGGUUACUGCACUCAUUUUGGAUUUGGAUACAGUGCACAUAGAUAGUGUAGACACAUACUCCCACACACCCACAGAUGGUGCUACAGUGAAAGCAGCCUUUGCUAGUGCUCUAUUAAAUGAGACAACGAUGGGCAAACAAGAUCAUGAAACACUCGCCCCUCCAGAAGCUGACAUUUAUGAAGUAGCCUUAGAAUCAAUUAGCAUCCCAUCUUCUCUUAAUGAGCCAAGUAUGGUGAAUGUUUCAGAAAUUAGUUCAGCAGUAGAACCAGAACAGUCACAGCUCAUUGAUAUAGACACUAAUGGACAAAUGCAAACAACAGCAGCUCCACCUUCUGAAACACAAGGUACUGAAGAUGCUGCUUCCAGACGUAUUGGAACAUUUUCUUGGAACAAUGGACCAAAUGCUGCAAUCGCUGACAGAGAGAGCAACUGGACUACAAAUAAUGGCCCUCAUGAAAUCCAACGCCGAUUCAUUAUUCUAGACUUCCCUGAGGGGGAGGAAAUGCAGAGACAUCGUGCUCAUGAAGCUUCUCUUUUCAGGGAACCCACAGAAACACAGAUUCAGGGAUCAGAAUGUUCAGUGUCAGAAAGAAUGGAGACAGAAUGUGAUGCUAAAACAGAAUCAGAGGUCAUAGCCAAUACAAUCAGUCCUUUAGAAGCAUCUGAGCAAUCUGAACUGGUUGAAGCAAGCCUUAAACUACCAACAAGGCAAGUUGGAGAAGUCAUGCAUUUCAUUGUAGAAGAAGAGACAAAGAAGAUGCCAUCAGGUGAUAAAAUGCAAUUCAUAGUACUUGAUCCUAAAUGUAAACCUCCAAUCAAGCAACAAAUUGAGAUAGAAACUGAGGCCCAACAAACAAACAAAUUGCAUGUCUCAACAACAGCAGAGGAGAAACCUGAAGGUGAAGAAGCCAUUGACGUCAUUUUGGGAGAAGAGACAAAGACCCAAUCAGGGGGUGAAACACAAUCUGAAGAAAUUGAACCUGGACUGACACCUCCAAUCAAGCUCCUGGUUGACUGGGACACUGAGGUACAACCUAAAAUAAUGAAUGUCUCAUUAACACUGGAGGAGAAACCUGAAGUUGUAGAAGCCACUGAUGUGAUUGUAGAAGAAGAGAUGAACAAGACCCCAUCAGGUGAAAAAGCACAAUUCAUGGAAUCUGAACCUAAAAUGACACCACCUGUAAGGAGAAAUUACGAUAAAACUGAUGUCCAUUCAAACAAGGUAAAUUUUUCAACACAAAAAGAGAACACUGAAGGUGAAGAGGCUGUGGAUGACAAUGUAGAAGAGGAGACAAAGACAACAUCAUCAGAUAAUAAAGCACAAUUAGCUGAACCUGAACUGACACCAUCAAUCAAACAAAAGACUGACCAAAAAACCGAGGUCCAGACAGAAAAGGUGGAUGUAAUACCAGAGGAGAAAAUUGAAUGUGAAGAUGCCUUGCCUGUCAUUGAUGAACGGAAUGACUGGGACACUGAGGUACAGUCUGAACAAAUUAAUGUUUCACUGACACCAGUGGAAAAACAUGAAGUUGCAGACACCACAGAAUUCACUGUAGAAGAAGAGACAAACAAGACCCCAUCAGAUGCAAAAGCACAUUCUAUAGAAGCUGUACCUAAACUGACACCACCAGUCAGGGUAAGAAACAAAAAUAAGUUUGAUGUCCAAUCAAACAAGGUCAAUAUCUCAACAACAUCAGAGAAGACACCUGAAGGUACAGAGGUUAUCAUUGUCACUGUGGAAGAUGAGAUAAAGAUGACACCAUCAGAUGAUAAAGCACAAUCCCUAGAAGAGGAAACUAUACUGACACUACCAGUCAGGCAACAAAAUGAGGGUCAAACCGAUGUCCAAUCAAACCAGGUAAAACUGUCAAAAACAUCAGAGGAAAAACCUGGGGAUACCAUGCAUAUCUCUGAGGAGGAAAGGACAAAAAAGACUUUGGUUGAUGAAAUGCAUUCCAUAGAAGCUGAGCCUAAACCAACGCCACCAGUCAGAAGACAAAAUGAGGGUGAAACUGAGGUCCAAUUAGAUAAGGUGGAUGUCCUACCAACACCUCCCACCAGACAACGUAAAGGUGAAAGGUUAUCAUUAGAUAUUGAAUCACAGAUAGAGGGAGAAGUUCUUCCCACCCCACCAAGCAGAAGACGUAGAGAAAAAAUAGGAAUUGAGAAUUUUUCGCUCGAUCUGGAUACCGAUCCCACACCACCAGUGAGGCGACGUAAGGAAAAAGAAGGUAGUAAACUGUCACUCAAUCUGGAGACCGAACCCACACCACCAGUGAGACGACGUAAAGAAAAAGAAGGUAGUAAACUGUCACUCAAUCUGGAGAACGAACACACACCACCAGUGAGACGACGUAAAGAAAAAGAAGGUAGUGAACUAUCACCCAAUCUGGAGACCGAGCCCACACCACCAGUGAGAAGACGUAAAGAAAAAGAAGGUAGUAAACUAUCACUCAAUCUGGAGACCGAACCCACACCACCAGUGAGACGACGUAAAGAAAAAGAAGGUAGUAAACUAUCACUCAAUCUGGACACCGAACCCACACCACCAGUGAGAAGACGUAAAGAAAAAGAAGGUAGUAAACUAUCACUCAAUUUGGAGACCGAUCCCACACCACCAGUGAGACGACGUAAAGAAAAAGAAGGUAGUAAACUAUCACUCAAUCUGGACACCGAACCCACACCACCAGUGAGAAGACGUAUAGAAAAAGAAGGUAGUAAACUAUCACUCAAUUUGGAGACCGAACCCACACCACCAGUGAGACGACGUAAAGAAAAAGAAGGUAGUAAACUAUCACUCAAUCUGGACACCGAACCCACACCACCAGUGAGAAGACGUAAAGAAAAAGAAGGUAGUAAACUAUCACUCAAUCUGGACACCGAACCCACACCAACAGUGAGACUAUGUAAAGAAAAUGAAGAUAGUCAAUUAUCACUUGAUCUGGAGACCCAACCAACACCACCAGCAAGACUAUGUAAAGAAAAAGAAGAAAGUACAUUAUCACUUGAUCUAGACACCCAACUCACACCACCAGCAAGACUAUGUAAAGAAAAAGAAGAUAGUCAAUUAUCACUUGAUCUAGAGACCCAACUCACACCACCAGCAAGACUAUGUAAAGAAAAAGAAGAAAGUACAUUAUCACUUGAUCUAGACACCCAACUCACACCACCAGCAAGACUAUGUAAAGAAAAAGAAGAUAGUCAAUUAUCACUUGAUCUAGAGACCCAACUCACACCACCAGCAAGACUAUGUAAAGAAAAAGAAGAAAGUACAUUAUCACUUGAUCUAGAGACCCAACUCACACCACCAGCAAGACUAUGUAAAGAAAAAGAAGAAAGUACAUUAUCACUUGAUCUAGAGACCCAACUCACACCACCAGCAAGACAAUGUAAAGAAAAAGAAGAUAGUCAAUUAUCACUUGAUCUGGAGACCCAACCAACACCACCAGCAAUACUAUGUAAAGAAAAAGAAGAAAGAACAUUAUCACUUGAUCUAGAGACCCAACUCACACCACCAGCAAGACUAUGUAAAGAAAUAGAAGAUACUCGAUUAUCGCUUGAUCUGGAGACCCAACCAACACCACCAGCAAGACAAUGUAAAGAAAAAGGCGAAGAUAAAGGAUUAUCAAUUGAUCUGGAUCCUCAACCAACUCCACCAUUAAGAAGACACAAGGAUAAGCCAGAGAGUGACAUGGUAUUUUACAGUGCUGAAUUAGGAAAAAGUGAUAAUCAGCAAACCAGUGAACAUAAAGACAGAGAAGAGCACACUGUUAAACCAACUCCACCUGUCAGACGCAAAAUUAGUCAGGUUGAAAGUGAUGUGGCAGUUUGCAAAAACCAAGAAGAGAAAGAGGUCUUUGUGAAACCCACACCACCAACAAGAAGGAAAGAUAGCAAAGUUGAGAGCAAAAUUGUCGCAGGUGCUUCUAACCUGAAAGAAGAUACAAGUGUACAAAAACCAACUCCACCUCUAAGGCGAAAGGACAGCCAAGCAGAAACUGAGAUGGCGCCAACCACACCUAAAAGUCAACCUGAGGACAUCCUUCCAACUCCACCGACCAGGGGAAAGAAAGAUCAAAUAGAUGCUGACAGAGUUCCAUUAAUGCUAGAAGAGCCACAGGUCAUAUCAACUCCAACAACCAGCGACAAAGAAAGUUCAUGGAAUGAAAAGGUUUCUAUGUGUGCAAGACUGGAGUUGGAAGCAGAUGUUGAAGCAAUAACUAAACAGGAAGAAAAAUAUGAGUCUGAUACAAAGUCAUUAGUUGGUCAGGAGCAGCAAGAGGAGGAGCAGGACUCUACUUUGGUGCCAGAUCCCAUAAGUGCAAUCAGUCAGAAAGAGGGUGUCAGUGAGAUGCAGCCACAAGAUCAAGAUGUGGAUGUUUCUCCCCAAUUUGGUCUCGCGGCUGAAAUCACUGAGAGUCAAGCAGAGGAAGAUAAGGAGCCAGAGGGACCCACAAUGAAGGAUAUAUUCAUGGAGAUCAAAAAAAUGACUGAAAAGGGGCAAAAAAGUGUACUCAUGGAGGGAAUACCUCAUGAAAGUACAAAGAAACUUCUUGACACUUCCAGCACUGAUCUUGAAGCUCGGUUAAAAAGGCUAGUGUUCCAUUUACUGGACCUUCGAACUUGCCCAGCUGCUCUGAACUCCAAAGACAUGGCCAAGCAACUAGAGGAGGCUGAGGAAUGUAGAAGGUGUGCCCAGAGACAGGUAUCUAUGCUGUCUAGGCAAGAUCAGGCUAAUGGAGACAUUGGCAGUGGCACUAAUGGCACAGUUCAUGACCCUGAGGGUAUGCAACAGCUAAGUGCCCAGUGGAGUGCAGCUUUAUGGGAUGCAGCAAGCUCUGUCCACUCCAAAGAAGCUCAACUACAGAUGGUUGCAGAUUUCAACAGACAGACCCAGAAAGUCAAAGCUAUUCUGGAGAGACUAAAAAUUGAGCGUGUGGCACUGAGAUUCUCUCCAGCUGUGAGCAGUUUUGCUGAGGAGGAAAGGCUGCACUCUUUCUUGAGAAAUAUGGAGCAGGAAAGGACAGCUCUCGGUGAGUUAAUUCAGACUCAUGCAAAACUGUCACCCCACCUCAGUGUGCCUGAGAGACAAGCAGCGGAAAUACAGCAAAACAAUUUGCAAAGCCAGUGGAGGAUGCUGGAGAAGGAUGCAGAGAUUGCUCUUUACAUGGUUAAUGCUCAUGCUAAAGAAAUCAGCAGCCUUAUUCAAGAGGUCAGUGCUUUAAAAGACCAUCUCGAGAAAAUUCAGAAGACCUUGGAUGCAUCAAAAUCCUCACCAGUUUUAUGGGAUGGCAAGAGAGCUCAAGAAAUUAUGAAUUUAAAUGCUGAUCUCACUUCCACCCAUCAGCAGUACUUACACAUUCAGCAGACCUCUGAGGCACUUGCCCAGGAAUUCCAAUUCAGUGCAGAGAUAUCCAGCAUAGAGCAGGAUCAUCAGCAUAUAAAAGACCAGCUGAAUCAAAUGAGUGAACAGUUAGCAGCUUCAACCCCUAGCAGCAGCAACUCAACGUUAAGUAAAAUUGUUAAGGUGAUGACAGAUGCUCUGGCUUGGGCCAAGCAGACAGAAUGUGAUGUUGAAGGACGACAGAAAAGGGUGUCUUUGCUUCCAGAAGAAGUCCAUCGACAGAUUAAAGAUUUAAAGAAAUUGCAGUCUGAGAUGAACUUGAAGCAAACCCAGUUGAAGUCUUUGGUUGAGGAAGUCACUGAGCUGAUUUGUGAUCUCGAUGAAGCUGAUGUUCCGAUGGUGACCUCAUCCUUGAAGGUCCUAGAAAAUUUGUCCAAAUCAACAGCAGAAAAACUGGCUGAGGCAGUUCGCGACAUGGAGUCAGGACUUCAGACCCGGGAGAAGAUGUCAGAGCAGAUAGCAGAUGUUGAUUCCUGGGUGGUUGGACAUCUGCAGAGGGAAGCUUUGAGGAGAGAAGAUUAUCAAAGUUUGAGUGUGGCAGACCUGGAUCGCAGGUUGAGGCAGAUCCAGGACACUCUUGGAGAGGCGGAAAAGCAGUCUGCUGUAACUGAAGCCCUUCUGAUGAAAAGCAGAGACAUUGCAUCUGAGCUAAGUGUCUCAGAGAGUACUAAGCUCUAUGAGAAACUCACCAACCUUCAAGAGGACAUCAAAAGGAUUAUUAUCUAUGAGAAGGCAUGUUGCCAGGAAAUUAUAGAUGUUAUCCAGAGCCAAGAAUCCUCUCAGAGGAAGGUGUCAUCUCUCGAAAACAGCCUGAGACAAAUGUUAGUUGAUGUAAAACGACACAGGUUUCCUGUUAAUAAGGAUACCCUCUCUGUCAUUGAACCCUUCAAACAGAUGCUUGUGGAGCGCAAAUCUGAGGUUGAGCAAGUCAGUCCUUGUUCAGAGGACAAGAGAAGAGAGAUGUUAUGUGUUAUUACUGAACUGUACCACAAAAUGAUUGAUUUGGAUCUCAAAUCACAAGCUCAUGAAAUGUACUUGAGCCACAGUCGGUGCAUUGACGAUGUCAAGGAAGAAAUUGAGGUUCAGAUCCCAAGGACCAAAGAUGAGAGCAUUAACAAAGAGGAACGCUACAGAGCCUGUCAGGCCCUUCUUAUCCAUAUCUCUUUAGUAAAAUUUUUGUGUGAGGAAACAGCGGAUGAACUGCAGGAAAUCACAGCAGAUCUAUAUCCAUCCCAGGUCUCUGCUGAACAAACAAGAAUCAAACAAAUACUGGAAAGUCUCAAAACCUCAGAAAUGGCAUUGAGCAAUAAUCUUCAGAUAUUGGAAUGGGAUCUGCUAAAACCUAUUCAUUAUCCAUCAGAAAAAAGAGCAGUUCAGCAAUUCCUCAAACACACCUACGAGGAGCUGAAAAAGCCUUGUAGUAUUGAACCAAAAGAGGCAGUGAUUGAAAAACAACUAAGAAAGUGCCUUGUACUCAGAAAGAAUGUAGAAUCUAGAAUGCGAGUGCUUGAGUUUCUUGAAAAAAAGAUUGGAGCUCAACCUCCACAGGAUUCCAAACAGCUUACUUGCUUGAAGGAUGUGGUUUUGGAAAAGUGUGAUCAACGAAUGGUGAGCCUAACUAAAGCUAAAGAACUGUUGAGGAACUACACCAAAGCAGUGACUGAUACCAUUCGGUUCCUCCAAAAAGCCACGUUGGCCCUCCUGCCCUCAAUCUGCUCUGCUAGAAGCUGCUCAGAAAGACUGAAAGAUGCACAGCAUGCUUUACUGACUCUAGACACAGAGUUCCAGUCACAUGUUUCACAGCUUCAAGCUCAAACCCCACAGCAUCCCUGCUUCAAGCCACAGAAGAUUGAAUUUCUACACACAGAGGUUCUAGGCGAGCUCCUGGUCAGGCUAUCAACCCUUAAGGCCCAGGCUCAAAUUAAUAUGGAAUCUUUGAAAAGGUGUGUUGAGUGCCAGAAACAUUCUCGUAAGUGCUACGAGGAGCUUUGCCAGCAAGUGAGAGACUUAGAAACAUUGCUAUCACAGUGUGCUUCCAAGAAAAUUACUUCACACAAAGACUGCAAAGACCAGCAACAGAAACUCAAGGCUCUAGUGGAAGAGGUUGCUAUGCUUCCUGGAAAACUGGAGAAUCUGAGAGAGUGGUGUUCACUGUAUGGGUGCAGAGCCAACAGGGAGGAUGCCGUGAGCGCUAUCUGGGGUCAGGUGGCAAGACUGCAGCGCUGCGGCAGUGAUCUGCAGACACGCUUCGAACAAAUGGAAGCAGAGUGGAGCAGUGUCACAAGGAGUGUGGAGCAGGCAGCCACUGUGUUGGAGCAGGUGGAUGCAGAACUUCCAGAUAGCAGCAGAGAGAAUCUGACUGGUGAUGAGCUACAGGAACUACUGCUCUUCUGGUCCCAGUACCAGGACAGACUGGACUGUGAACACAGAGCUCUUUCCGCUUUGGAAUUAAGAGCUGCAAGGGUGCUUGGUGUUCCCCCACACCUGGAACAGGCCCCACCCAUUGAGCUAUGCCAAGAGCUUCAAGCCUUGCAAGAGCGCUACCAUAGUCUAAAGGAACGGAGCUCUCAGGGUUUGAGGGCAGUAAGAACAGAGGUCGAGGAGAGGGAACGAGUGCAGGAGCAGCUGGAGGGAGUCAGAGAAUGGCUGGAAUCUGCAGUUUCUCUCCUUGCUGUACUGGAGCACGAGCCUAGCAAGAAGCAACUGCAGGAGGUUCACUCACAGCUGUGUACCCAGAAGGCCGUUCUGCAGCAUAUUUCGGAAAGCUUGAAGAUGAUGUACUCUGAAAAAAAUACAUCAGUUCCAGAGGAGAUAGAGGGACUAUUACAGGAAGUCUCACAGUCAUUACAGGAAGUGGAGGAACAGGUGAAGACAGCUGUGGAGAAAAGUGGCCCACUUCACAGGCUGGGUGCUAAAAUCUCGGAGAUUAAAGCAGGUCUGGGAUCAGUUCAGAGCUGGUUAGAGCAGAAGAGCCUGAACUUCACUGAAGCCGAGAGCACACAGAAGCGAGUGUGGGAUGAGUUGGAUGGUUUACAUACUCGUCUGACAGCGGUCGAGGUGGAGUUACAGGAUCUGAGUGAAAUGCAUCAAGAUGAGACCCGUCUGUUAUUAGACAACCUGGCCAACACUCAGCAGACCCACACACGCCUCAUCAAACAGGCCGAACAGAGGACCGCCUCCCUCAGCAAGGUCCGUGACUGGCUGCAGGAGCAUGAGGAGAUGGUGAAGGGGUCACAGAGCUGGAUCUCAGAGGCUCAGUCUUGGCUUACAACACCCUGCACAUACACCACUGCCAGAUGCCUGGACAGCCAUGUGAAUGCACUGCAGAUGGUUCUGGAUGAUUCUGCUCAGAUGAGACGGACUAUGCAGGGUUUCGGAAGCGUGCUGACAGAGAUGGGAAGUGUGUUUGAUGUCAGUCCUUUAGAGGAGCAGCUCUCAAAUGCUGAUCGACGUGUGGCAGAUAUGCAGCACAACCUGCUGGGACCGCUCUCUCAGCUGGAGCAUGCAGCAGCAGAAGUGGAUGCCAUUGAGUCAGAGGUGAGAGUCAUGGAGAAAGAUGUGGCCAAAAUCAAAACCACUCUGACCACCAAUGAAGACAUCAGUCAGGACACUCUUAAGGCAACAGAAGAAAGGAUUGACCUAAUGAAAAGGACAGUCACUGAGAUUCAGAACUGUAAGGAUGGUCUGUGUCUUCCUGACAAAGCUGAAAACACACUCUUAGUGUUCAAAAAAGCAGAACUACUACAGAAACAACUGCUGGAACUGGAACAGCUGGCACUAGAAUACUCGAUUGAGGUACAGGAGACAUAUGUCCCACCUCUCUGUGUCACACCCCUCAAUGCUCCGCCCCUCAGUGCCCCAACUCUCAGUGUUCCACCCACAAUCACUGAGGAAGACGCACAGGAGAGUGGUCAGAUUCAGAUUGUGCAUGUAGAGGAGGACAUCCUGAAAAAGUCAGGAGCAACGCUGAUGACGGUGGAGCAAUCCACACUGGAGCAGAGACUCACCUGGAUCUCUGAUAAAAGCAGCCACACCCUCACAGAAACACAGCAGGAGUCUGAGGAAGAGGAGGAGCUCUGUAAGGAUCCAGGAGAUGUAGAGGAAGAUGCUUCUGAUGAAGACUAUGAAGAUUGCAUGAAAAAUGAGGAUGAAGAGGCAAGAGGAAGAUCACCAACCUCUCUGAAUUCUGAGGCUUCCUUCAGCAUGACUGUGGAGGACACAGCUUCUGCAGACGUGGUUUCUUCUACAGAACGGAUUGUGGAGCAAGCAGAAGCAGCUCAAGACUCAAAGGUAGAAGUAGAUACCUCUGUGGCCUCAGGAACAGGUGUGUCAGAAGCUUUAUCUGAAGCAGAUGCCACAGUGGAAAGCCAGUCUCUCCCUGCAGACAUGGAGCAGGGUGCAUGGAGGGGGGAACAGACGCCACACACCAAUGACAAACUCACACUGACACACAUGACACAGAAACAUUCAGAGUCACAAACCCCACCCCCAGAAACAAAAGACAUCUUCACCUUACCUAAUAUCAUGAUCACCGAUGAAAAACUCAGUCAACAGGCUCACUUAGAGAAAACCACCUUUGUGCCUCAGAGCCUGAGCUCCACAAAACCCACAAAUACACCAUCAGCCAAAUCAGUAGAGCAACAUUUACACACUCUGACACACACUCCAUCAAAUGCGAAAGACCGUAGAUUAGACAGCAGAAGGACAGACGACACACACACACCAAUGACAGUCAAGCCCUGCCUGGAGAGGACAGAGCCAUUGGAUGCGAGUGCAUCUUUGGCCGCAGGUGAAGCUGGGGGCUCGGGUGGAUGGCUGUCCAGUGACGGGCUGCUCCAUGCCUGCCGUGAGAGGGCCGAGCAGCUGGAGCUGUGUCUGGAGAGAGCACAGGUCAGUCUAGAGGGGUCAAGACAGCAAGCACAGGACACAGCCAUGCAGCACUGCAUUGAACUACAACUUCACAACUGCCAGACAAUUCUUGUGGAGAUUGAACAGAGAAUCUCCAGUCUUUCUGUGUGUGGAUUGAAAGAACUGGAGCAACAUGAGGCUGAAUCACUCAACACCAAACUGCAGCUGCUGAAGAACAGACUGGUGAUAGUUCAAUUAGAGCUGCAAGAGAGACACGGCGAAGAUCAGGUGCAUGUUGAGAGUCAGCGCCCCCUGCAGGCCAGGUUGACGCGCAGCAGCAGUGUGCAAGAGAUGUUGAGUUCUUCCAAAACCAAACAGACAGAGUUGUUCAGACAGAGCAGCCUUCAACAACAAAGGGAACUGGAGCAUGGAUUGAAUGAACAGAGGGAUCUAACUAAAGCUAUUGCAAUUCAAGGCAGCAGAGCCCAAACACAGAGCCAGAGCGCAGAUGAACAUGAAGGCCCCUUACCAGAAAAUGAAGACAAAAGACAGGAAGUAGAGUUAGCAGUCCACAGGAAGUGGACACACCUCUGCAGCAGAUUGACCAAGACAGCAGAAACAGAGCAAGGUGGAGAUAAAGAUCAGGAUCCAUCUGAGAUCCUCUCUCCAUCUGUGUGUUUGUGGAGCGGAGCUGCUGUUUCUUUCUGUCUCCAGCAGAUUCAAUCCAACAUCUCACAACUCAAAGAACUGCAAAACUCAGCAGUAACAAAGGAUCAUCAGUCUCUGGAUGAAGGUUUAUUUGAGGUGUUGAGUGGAGUUGAUCUCACUCUCAACUCUCUCACACACACUCUUAGGUUUCAGCCAGCAACCUUAAACUCUGACGUAUUAAGCCAAUUAGAGCAGCUACAGGGUUUAUCUUCAGAGCUGAUCUCCUUGGGUGCCAUAUUGACCUCCCAUGGGUCAGAGGUCAUAAAGUUGUUAGGUUUGGAUUCAGCGAUAUCAGAGACCUCCACUUGUUUUGACCUGCUGAGGCAGUGUGUAUGUGACGUUCAAAAGACUCUCGCUGAUAAACAGGAGCAGCUACAGGAACGAUUAAAACACACGACUCAGCUGCAGAAGAGAGUGAAAGACCUGCAUGACUCAGUACUAACUAAUACGUCAGUCCUUCUCCCUACAACUAAUGGAGAAACCCACUGUGACCUUCACACACAGCUGCAGGCCAUCACUGGAUGGAAACAGGAAGUGGAGCAGAGUGAGAGAAAGUUGGCAGAACUUAAAGAAGAGACAGAGAGUCGAGAUCAACCUUCGUCCCUCACACAGCAGAUCAGCACACUGGAGGCGGUAUUGGAGAGUGUUUGGAGUGAUCUAGAGCAACGCUGUGGAGUUGUGCAGUGGAGUCUAGAUGAGCAGAAGAUGAGUGAAAAAAUCCUAAAAGGUCUGCAGAUGCUUCUGACGAUCGGAGGAGAGAAACUCGCCUGCACCUCUCAGCUGGAGCUAAGGAAUCCAGCACAAAUACAGACACGCCUCAACACACACACGGCGUUUUUCCUGUCUCUGGGUGCCCACCUGAGGAGACUGCAGCAACUGAGUGUGCGGAUGCCAGACAGCGCCUCCUCUUGCUGGGAGACUCAUGUGUCUGAGGUUGAACGUCAAGUGUCCAGUGUCCUGCAGCAGGCUCAGGCUGUCGGUACAGUGCUGCACUUAGCACUGCAGGUUUGCACUCACUGGGAUGAAAAUCAGUCCUGGUUAGAAACGCUUCUGCAGAGAUUAGAGACUCAACUUCCCAUAACACCUCUGCAGGACCAAACGAAGGAGCAGCUCGGCGAGAAUAUUUCUGUCUAUCAAAGUGUGCUGGCCGUUCUGGAGAAGAACAGAGCUCGGAUCAGUCUGGUUCUGGAUGAGGGCCGCAGACAGCAGGAGCAGAUUUCUAGUAGUGAUAUGGGUGUGUCUAUAUGCAUAGUGGGUGUGUCUACAGCAAAACUGGAACAGCGAUUGGCUGCACUUCAGAGGAGGGUGGAACAAGGACUAUACUCCACCCACCAUCUUAAGAAGCUUUGGAAAAGGUACCAAAGCGAUUCAGAGGCUCUGAAUGAGUGGAUGCGACAAGCCCGAGAGCGCCUUCAUUCAUGGAGAGAUCACAUGACCACAGCUGAACAGGAAGUGGACAACCUCUCCCAUUUUCAGCACUUCACAGAGUUCAUGAAGGAGCUAGAGGUGAAAUCGGCCCUGAAGGCAUCAUUGAUCAGUUCUGGAUCUUUGAUCCUGUUCCUCAAUGAACGAGAGCAGAACAUUGAGACACAGAAGAUCAGCAGAAGCACCAGUGCUCCAAGAACCUCCACUCCCUCUGGAAAUACAACAACCCCUGAAGACCUACAGCCAAGUGAAACUAGCAACCGGACCUCCGUUGUCCUAGAUAACAGCCCUGAAGACUCCUCAUCUGUAGAUGUCCCCUUACCUUCAGAAACCAAUGUUUCCUCUAUUCAAAACAUCUUCUCAGAAGAAAAUCUUUCUACCACGGAAGAAUCAGAUGGAAAGAUCACAAAUGAAGGUGUUAUCUUUGAGGAACCAACCUCAUCUCUAUUCGAUUUAUCUGUAAAACAAGAGAUGGUUCUGUCCCCAGUUCUUCUGACUCUACAGUCCCAGCUGUCUCUGGUGGAGCAAGACUGGGUGGAAAUACAGAAACAUAUUCCUGUCGUCCAACAGGAACUGCAUCAGAGUGUGGUGGAGAGCCUGUCUCCUGAAGGACUGCUGGCUGAUGUGUGUGGCUGGAUUACGGGUGCUGAGAGCAGGUUACAGGAAGCUGAACGAGAGGGUCACAACAACUGUACUGCUGCCGAGUUCACACACCUGCUCAGAACAUAUCAGGGGAUGAAGAGAGAGAUGGCAUGUCAGCAGAUGUCUGUUGACUUUAUUAAUCAGUGUGAGCUGAAGCAGGCUGCUUUUGACUCUCACACCAGCAGGUACAAACACACUGCAUUUGCUGAAAACCUGGGACAUGUCAAUCUGCGCUGGAAAACUCUACAGGAUCACCUGAACACACUGAUCCAACAUGCUGAAGAUGAGGUGAGGAUGUGUGUAGAGCAAGAUAACAAACUCCAAAUCCUACAGCACUGGGUCAAAGGUCAAAAACAAUGGAUGCGAUUGGCCGAAAGACCCAUCAGUCGCUCAUUUGCUGAGAGGAGUCUGAAGGAUUGUGAAGGGCUGGGGGAUAAGUUGAAGUCUAAAUUCUCAGAACUUGCUGAGCUGAAGAAGAGGAGACUUACCAUUGAUGAAGAAGACAGGAAUGAAGACUUCCUCUCAAAAGCUCACAAUCUUUCACAAUCUUUGACUGACCUCUCUCAACAGAGUACAGUCCUUGGGGAUUCCUUGAAAGAGCUGUGUAAGGUGUGGUCUCAGUUUGAAAGUGGGAGGAGUCAGGCAGUUUUAAACACAAUGAGGAUCUGCCAAUCACUGGAGUACUGCCACGCCCCUCUGCCCUCCCUCUCUGCCCUCCAGAACAACAUUGAUAAGAUACAGGUCUUAAAAGCAGAGACAAACGAAAUUGACAGCCAGUGGGAGGAUCUUACCAAGACAACAACAAUUCUUAUUGGUGGAAUUAGCCCAGACUCUGCCCAGGUGUUAUCAGAGCACCUAGAAAAAGAAAAAGCAAGGUGGUCAGAGGUGAAGGAAAAGGUCACACACACCUUGCAGAGGACACACAGUCUUCUGAAAGUGUGGCAGAGAUACGCUGAUGUUAGUUGCUCAUGUUCAGAGCAGCUCCAAUAUCUCAAAGAGCAGCUCAAGACACACACCAAAACACCUGCUGACAAUAAACAACUCACACACAGCAUGGCAGAGCUGAAGACUGUAUUACAGAAAUGCUCAGAGACUCUUCAGACUGAUUUGAAUGAAGUGCUUGAAGUAUCUAAGGAUCUGACUGAACAGAUGGAUGAUGAGGAUGCAGUUUUCAUCAGAUCAGAAUGCCGUUUGUUAACACGUGGUUACCUGCAGCUAGAACAGACUCUGAAAGGAAGAAUUGAACACAUGAAGGAGGAUUUUGAGCGAUUUCAAGAAUUUGAAAGGUUAUUCCAGUCCCUUGAAACACAAUUACAGCAGUGGGAAAGCAAGCAACGGAUGGACAGCAAUCUUACAGAUAUAUCUCAGUCAGGUCUGAUGGAGGUCAGUUCUCUCUCUCCUGAUCUGGAUCUGAUGAACACUCUCAGCUACAGACUGACCCUCAGUGACCCUGUCACACAGAGGCUUCAGCACCUCAACAGGAAGUGGGCACAGGCCACCGCACAUGCUCAGGAGAAAUGCAGUGAGUUGCAGGCAUCCUCUCUUCAGCAGCAGAGCUUUGAGCAGAGAUGUGAGAGCUGGCUGGCUUUCCUACAGCGCAUGGAGGACAGUUUGGCUGUCGAAAUCGCAUCAACUUACCCUGGACUGAGAGAACAACAACGCAUGCACCAGUGUUUUCAGGCUGAGUUGUCUUUAGGCCAUCAGAUCCUUCACUCUGUGAUCAGUGAAUCUCUCCUCCUGUUGCAGAAGGGAGAUGUAGAGGACAGGAGUGACUUCCUGUUAAAACUGGCACAGCUGAGAGAGCACUGGCAGGGAGCGGUGCAGAGAGCAGCUCAACGGCGCGCUCUAGUGGAAGGGCUCAUACAGCACUGGCAGCUUUAUACACACACAAUGCAGAAACUCCGCAAACUCCUCACACUCACACACACUCUCUUGUCUCCCGCUGGUCCCACACACUGUAGUGUCCUGCUGUUGCGCCUCUUGCUGGAAGAUCUGAAGCAAACAGAGCUGUUGUUUCAAAGGUCAGUCUCUGCAUAUCUGUGUGUGAUGGAGGUAGGCAGGCAGCUGUUCUCAGUGAGUGACACACAGACACAGAUGCAGCUGCAGACAGACCUGGCAGCCCUGCAGGAGGACUGGGAGCAGUGCCAGUGCAUGCUGGGAAAGAGAAAGACUCUCACGUCUGACAUCAUAAAGAAAUGGGAGACCUGUGAGACCAGACUAGUUGAUCAGGCGCAGCACCUGGACGAGGUACAAGUCAGACUGAAGCAGUCGAUCCCAGAUCAGCAGGAGGAGAUGGAAGAGGAACGCCUCCUUGUGAAGGAGGUUCAGGAUUGUUUAGAGGACUGGGCCGUCAGUCUUUCCGAGCUCAGCACCAUGAAGACGGACCUGUCCCAGUACAUCCUCACCGAUGAUGUCCUCCUCCUGCAGGAGCAAGUGGACCAUCUGCACAGCCAGUGGGAAGAGCUCUGCCUCAAAGUGUCACUUCGUAAGCAGGAGAUUGCUGAUCGACUGAAUGCCUGGAUCAUUUUCAAUGAGAAGAAUCGGGAGCUGUGUGAAUGGCUGACACAGAUGGAAAACAAGGUGGCACACAGUGCUGAGCUGAGCAUUGAGGAAAUGGUGGAGAAACUCAAGAAGGACUGUAUGGAGGAGAUCAACCUCUUUAGUGAAAAUAAGACACAUCUGAAACAGCUGGGAGAACAACUCAUCACUGCUAGCAACAAGACCAAAGAAACAGAAAUCAAUGACAAGAUCAAGGACAUCAACGACCGCUGGCAGCAUCUGUUUGAUCACAUCGAGGCCAGGGUGAGGAAGCUGAAGGAGACGCUGGUGACAAUGCAGCAGCUGGAUAAGAACAUGAGUAAUCUCCGUACCUGGCUUUCCCGCAUUGAGGGUGAACUGGCUAAACCCAUCAUUUACAGCAUCUGCCACUGUGAUGAGAUACAGCGCAAACUAGCAGAGCAUCAGGACUUGCAGAGAGACAUCGAACAGCAUACAGAGGGUGUGGCGUCAGUUUUGACCCUGUGUGAUGUUUUGCUGCAUGAUGCGGACGCUUGUGGCAGUGAUGGAGAGAACGACUCCAUUCAGCAGACUACGCUCAGUCUGGACCGGCGCUGGAGGAACAUAUGUGCCAUGUCUAUGGAGAGGAGAAUGAGGAUCGAGGAGACAUGGCGUCUGUGGUGCAAGUUCCUGGAUGACUACUCACGCUUUGAAGAGUGGCUGAACACGGCAGAACGUACAGCAGCCAACCCUGCCACAAAAGAUGUACUCUACACCUGUGCUAAAGAGGAACUCAAAAAGUUUGAGGCGUUCCAGCGCCAGGUUCAUGAGCGCCUGACACAGCUGGAGCUGGUGAACAAACAAUACCGACGUCUGGCACGAGAGAACCGGACAGACGGUGCCAGUAAGCUGAAGUUGAUGGUGCAUGAGGGAAACCAGCGCUGGGAUACGUUACAGAAGAGAGUGGCCACUGUGCUCCGCAGGUUAAAGCACUUCACAUCUCAACGUGAAGACUUUGAAGGAACACGGGAGGGGAUUCUGGUCUGGCUGACUGAAAUGGACCUUCAGCUCACCAAUGUGGAGCAUUUUUCAGAGAGCGAUAUCCAUGAAAAGAUGCAUCAACUUAAUGCAUUUCAGCAGGAGAUCACUCUAAACACAAAUAAGAUUGAUGCUCUGAUUGUAUUUGGAGAGAACCUGAUCCAGAAGAGUGCUCCGCUGGACGCCGUACUCAUUGAAGAUGAACUAGAGGAGCUGCACUCAUACUGCCAGGAAGUAUUUGGCAGAGUCGCCCGAUUCCACCACCGUCUUAUCAGCAGACGCCCAGUGCGUGAGGAGGAUCGAGAGUUCUCCGACAGGGACACAGAUCGGCAGGGCUCUGUUGAUUUCGGUGGGGUGUGGGAGAGGCAGGAGGAAGAGGAGGCUGCGAUGAGUUCUGAUGUUUCACUAACAGUACGCCAGGCCGUGUCCCAGCUGAUACCACCUGCUCUAGAGCGCUCAGGGCGUGAGACCCCCGUCAGUGUGGAUUCAAUCCCACUGGAGUGGGACCACACCGUAGAUGUGGGUGGAUCCUCAUCUCCAGAGGAUGACGAGGAGUUUUACAGCGCCCUAUCAGAUGUAGAAGUCACUGAGAGCUCUCAGUCAUUUAUUAAAGCUACAUCUAAAGCUCUGAAGGCUGUGUCCGGGGUAAGGUCAGCGGUGGAGCCGUGGCACUCUCCUGAUGUGCCAGACAGGAAGCGAGUGAACAGAGAGAUCAUACGCAGUCUCACAUCUUCACCCACUGACACCAGCGCCCAGUACCACCCACAGGCCUAUGAUAAACUCAUGUCUGAGUGUGCUGGCAGUAUAGACAGUAUAAAGCGAGUGAAACUGAUUCUGAACGAGGAAGAACAACUGGAUGAUCAUGGUUUGACGGCGCUCUCUGCAGCUGAUAAGACAGGUGUGAUCGAGCGAUGGGAGCUCCUGCAGGUGCAGACGUACAGCGUGCCACAGGAUCUUCAGCAGUGGCACAAACUCACCUCUGACCUCACUGAUGUCAUGGCAUGGCUGGACACUGUGAUGCCUGAGCUAGAGAAGCUUCAAACUCUAGAGCCAAAAAUCACCAUCAGAGACAUGGAGAGCAAUAUCCACAAACUAAAGGACAUGCAGAAGACUUUUAACAGCUACAAAUCAGUGAUGAUUGGUGUUAAUCUCAGUGGGCGGGGCUUCCAACAUGGAGACAGCGCUGAACUACACGAACUGCAUGAGAAUCUGGAGUCAGCCAAUCAGAAAUGGGCACAUGCCUGUGCAGCCCUGGACAGCUGGGAACACCGACUGCAUCAAGCACUCAUGGAGUGUCAGGAGUUUCACGAGACUCUUCACUCUCUGCUGCUGUGGUUAGCUAAAGCAGAAAGCCAGCGCUACAUGGUCAACAUCCAUGACCAAAACACAGACCUCAACAUCCUGCAAGAGCAUCGAGACACGCUCAAGGCUGUUCAGCAGGACUUACAGUCUCGUGAGAGGGAGGUGCACUGCCUGCAGGAGAUCUCCUCACAGAUCCUGCUACAGGACCAGGGAGAAGACACCCUGGAGGCCAAAGAGAAGGUUCAUGUCAUCAGCAACAAGUUACGACUGCUGAUCAGACAAAUUGCACACGAUCUGCACACGCUGCAAAGCAGAUUGGACUCAGCUGGUCCAAAUGUGGGCAGGACAGCAUCAACACAACAGCAGGAAGCCGCAGAAGCUCAGGCUGUUACUCGGGGAUCUCCUGCAAGUGUCAGGGAUGACAAAUCUGAUUUGUCCCCAGCGAGGCCGUUCCUGUAUCGUGUCCUACGAGCAGCUUUCCCCCUCCACAUCCUCUUCCUGCUGCUGCUGGUUGUGGCGUGUCUGGUGCCUCUCUCAGAGGACGACUACAGCUGCACUCUCUCCAACAACUUUGCCCGAUCCUUUUACCCCAUGCUCCUCUACACCAACGGACCCCCACCCACAUGAGAACAACUACCCGUCCCCUUCACUAACACACAGCCACAGCUCAUUCUCUAGAGGGAAUGGGACGUAGUCCAAGCCUCCCCGUUUACUCUCCUGUAGCUAAUCCUGUAGCUCUGAUUAAUUUGAGUGAAAGCCCUUGUGUUUGGGAUUCAGUAGAUUGUCCUGCAACAAUCAAACCUGGUUCCUGAAUCCGAGGACAGUUGCACAUAGAGAGUGAUUUUUUUUCUGAGGAAAGAGCCUUUCCUCAUGAUGUAUAUUUGUAUUUUUAGAGAACGGCAAGGACUCCUCAUCAAAGGUGCACUCAUUUUGUAAUUGUAGCAUAUUCAUUGAAACAUUGAAAUACUCCUUCACACAGAUGUAUUUAUUUUUGACAUAUAAAUGACAAAAUUGAACCCUAUAGGCUUAUGGGCUUUGAGUCGGCCUGUAUUGUUAAACUAGAAGCCCUGUUUAUGUGACUGAGUGAUUGGACUUGCUUGAAUAUCAGUUAUGUUCAUAGUUUCUAGGAGUCAGUGUAAAAUAACUUUUAAUGAUGAAUAUAUUUUAUUUGUAGCUCUCUUAGCUGCCAUUUUCUUGGUCAAAGCCAUGGAGGAGAGACACAAAGUGGCAUUAGGGUGUGUGCAAAAUUUAUGUUUAAUUUAUUCAGCCUAAAGUUUGAUGGCUGUUUGGUGUUGUUUUCAUGUGUGUGUGAAUAUUGUAAAACUACUGAAAUUAUUUAAAUAUAAUUGGUAACUGAUCUCAGUGGAGAUAAUAAAUUAUAUCUGAUUAUGUUUUAGAGUUUAUAGCUAGAAUUUUUCAGCCAGGGAAAUCUGGUACCCUGAUGUGUUUGUGUCUGGUGUGUUUUUAGAAACCCAUAGAAACACAUUUCAAAAGUAUCCACAUGACUGUAUGUGGCUAUUAUUUUAUUUUUAACCUACAGAAGUCUGGUGAAAGCCCAUUAGUCGCUCUUUCACUCAUACUAACUGCCAAAGUUACAGAGACUUGGUUUUAUAAUUCCUCACAGUUACUAAAAGAGUGCUGUUCGUUUUGUUGUUUGAUGUUUUUAAUUGAAUUGUUAUAGUAUAGAUGAAAUUAUGGGUCAACUAAAAUAGACUGUGAUAUAAAGUAUCCAUUAAUCACAGAAAACAUUCACUUUAUGAUGAAUUUAUUUUGCAGCAAACCUUGCACUGCCAAUGUCAAACACUGGUUGAAGACAAUAUAAAGAUUUUUGUGGUUUCAAUUUUCCUACAAAUAAACAUUGUACAAAUA